UACCUGGCCUGUCUCUAUUGGGUUAAAAGAUUUAAGAACCAAACCAAAACAUCUGAUCAAGUCUCCGGUUCAGUCUUUGGUUUGACAAGAGUAGCAGCGAAGAAGUGUUAUUGAUCUCUCUGUCUCUCCUAUUUCCUCUCAAUCUAUCAAUUCCCGACAGAAUGGCAUCCAAUAGAGGUCAAGGUGGAAUUCAACAGUUGUUGGCUGCUGAACAAGAAGCACAACGGAUUGUGAAUGCUGCAAAAAAUGAAAAAUUGGCUAGGUUGAAACAGGCUAAGGAAGAGGCUGACAAGGAGAUUGCUGAAUACCGAGCUAAGCUAGAGCUUGAGUUUCAAAAGAAAGUUUCAGAUAGUAGCGGAGAUUCCGGAGCUAAUGUGAAGCGGCUUGAGCAAGAGACUCAAGCGAAAAUCCAGCACCUGCAAACCGAGGCUGCAAGAAUAUCGGAUGAUGUUGUCGCUAUGCUCCUUAAGUAUGUAACAACUGUGAAAAAUUAGGACCCUUUGAUGAUUGUUGGUGAUGUGAACGACUCCUAAGUGACAUGGAAUAUUAUUAUCCUGAGUUUAUUUUUUACUCGAGAUAUUAUGGUGGGGAUAAGAUUAUUGUGUUUGUACCUUGCUGCUAUGUAUUCAAAUAAGUAAUUUUAAGUUUGUUAAAAUAAGCAGUUAAUUAUUCAAAGACAUUUGUAUUUGUGUUACCUUUUAACAAAUAUGAGGAUUCGUUUUGGUUGUUCGUGUA